CAGUUUUUUAUAGAAUUGUGUCCAUUUCUAUCUUCGAUAAUGAAGGUCUUAUUUGUCAUUUGCUGCUUUAUUGCAACUUCCUGGUCUGCAGUCUCAGAAAAAGCGAAAUAUACCACCAAGUAUGAUAAUAUUAAUUUGGAGGAGAUAGUACAUAACGACAGACUAUUAAAAAAUUACGUUGAUUGUUUAAUGGAAAAGGGAAAUUGUUCACCAGAUGGAUUGGAACUCAAAAAAAAUAUGCCUGAUGCUAUAGAGACCGAUUGCAGCAAAUGCAGCGAAAAGCAGAAAGAAGGAUCUGAAUAUAUUAUAAGAUAUUUAAUUGACAAUAAACCUGAGUAUUGGAAUCCUUUGCAAGAGAAGUAUGAUCCUUCCGGGACUUAUAAACAAAGAUAUCUUGAAUCUAAGAAAGAGGAAGUUAAGGUCGAACCCAUUAGCAAAUCCUAGGGUUCCUAACUUGUGAAAAGAAGUUGAUCUGAUUUUAGUAUGAAUUAGAAUAUUGCUUUAAACUUGUGAUAAAACCUGUAAUUUUUAAUACUUUUAUUGUUAAUAAAGCAGACGUUAAUA